AACUCGCGGCGGGGCUGCUGGGUCUUCCAGGAGCGCGCAUGAGCGGACACUGGCUAUGGGUGGCCGGGCGGGAUGUAACCGGCUGCUGAGCUGGCAGUUCUGUGUCCCGAGGCUUCGCCCGGCGGCCGCCGCAGGCUGGAGUGCAGUGGUGGUGUAAUCUCGGCUCACUGCAACCUUCGCCUCCUGAGUUCAAGCGAUUCUUCUGCCUCAGCCUGCCAGAGUUGCUGGGACUACAGGUGCGCACCACCACACCCAGGAGUCCAAGGCUGCAGUGAGCCAUGAUUGUGCCACUGCACUCCAACCUGGGCAACACAGCGAGACCCUGACUCCACGAAUAAAUAAAUCAACAUCAUAUGAUCUGUACCAGGGUAUAGGCAAGUGCUAUGAUCCCUACUUUUCAUCCUCAACUCUAAGUUGAGUCAUACAUCAACCUCUAGUAAAAAGUGGCAUGCUCUCAGUCAAAGGGGUAAGCCCAAACCACGUGGAGAGAAUCUUAUCUCUUUUGAGAGCUAAUAUAAAAAGAAUUCCUCCUAGGCAUAAAAAUAUUGUGAGCUAAUAUAAAAAGAAUUCCUCCUAGGCAUAAAAAUCAGUUACUUAGGCUAAACAUGCCUAUUAUGCUAAGUGAGUUAUUAACAAUAAAUACUUUAGCUGUGCCAUGUUAAUUAUCAUAAUCUGAUUUAUAAUUUGUUUUAACCUUAGGUUAUACAUACCUUGAAGCCAUUUAUAUUUUGGUAGACUUGUAAUAGUUACUAUACACUGGACUAUGUAUAUUGGACUAAACAUGGAGAGUCAAAAAAGAGUAUGUGGUCAGAGUAGAAAUCAUGCCCUAGCUUCCUUCGUGUCUACCUCCUACCUUGAGUAGAAGCGGUAGAAAAAGUAAUUACCUAAGACUUUUUGGAUUCUGGUUUGUGGAGAGGCACCCUUAUAUUUAGGCUGAUGGGCGGCGAAAUUAGAAAAUAUUUUUUGUGAUUUAGAAUUUUAUACGGAGAUGUUCAUUGUGAUUAAUUAUUCUUUGUAUUAGCAGAUUUUUGCUUUUUAUAGCUGCAUGAUUUCUUGUUUAUUAGUCAUUCAUUAUUGUCUAUUAAUAAAGAAAAACUUUAUUUCACUGAAGCAGUGAUAUAUAAUCCAACUUGGAUUUUUAAAUAAUGACUAACUUUUUUCUUUGGGAAUACAUUACUGUUAAAAAUGUAGAUUAUUAGAUACAUUACUUUUAAUGAAUGUAAGUGGUAUAAUUAGAAGGCUGAAAAGAAUCCUUGGAAACGUGAGUUUAAUUUGAUAGCUAAGAAACUGAGGACAAGAUACUUAUUCUUUGUAGCAUAUUUUCUAAUGUCAUUUCAUUGUCUCACCAAGAAAUACUUGCAUAAAGCAAAUUCAAUUAUAGCAUCUGUUAAAUAUUUAAGGUUGGGUAAAGUGGGUGAGUUUAACAGAUAUUUUCCCUUACUUCUUUUAGGCGAAUCUGGAUUGGGAAAGUUGACAUUAAUCAACUCAUUAUUCCUCACAGAUUUGUAUUCUCCAGAGUAUCCAGGUCCUUCUCAGAGAAUUAAAAAGACUGUACAGGUGGAACAAUCCAAAGUUUUAAUCAAAGAAGGUGGUGUUCAGUUGCUGCUUACAAUAGUUGAUACCCCAGGAUUUGGAGAUGCAGUGGAUAAUAGUAAUUGCUGGCAGCCUGUUAUCAAUUACAUUGAUAGUAAAUUUGAGGACUACCUAAAUGCAGAAUCGCGAGUGAACAGAUGUCAGAUGCCUGGUAACAGGAUGCAGUGUUGUUUAUACUUCCUUGCUCUUUCAGAUCAUGGACUUACACCAUUGGAUAUUGAGUUUACAAAGCAUUUGCAUGAAAAAGUGAAUAUCAUCCCACUUAUUGCCAAAGCAGACACACUCACGCCAGAGGAAUGCCAACAGUUUAAAAAACAGAUAAAUCCAAGAACAUAAAGUUAAAAUAUAUGAAUUUCCAGAAACAGAUGAUGAAGAAGAAAAAAAACUUGUUAAAAAGAUAAAGGACCAUUUACCUCUUGCUAUGGUGGGUAGUAAUACUAUCAUUGAAGUUAAUGGCAAAAGGGUCAUAGGAAGGCAGUAUCCUUGGAGUGUUGCUGAAGUUGAAAAUGGUGAACAUUGUGAUUUUACAGUUCUAAAAAAUAUGUUGAUAAGACCUCAAAGGAGUUAAACCAGGCGACUUCACCAGAUUUUCUUGAUUCUGUGUUUAUACCAUGAGAAGCUGUGGGCUCGAUCCUGUACAAGUUCUAGAACUUCGUGGAACUUGCAGAACCUAUAUGGGCAGUUGAAGUGAGUGGAGAAACCAGGAAUCUCAAGAUGUCUCAAUAUAAAGACACCACUCCUUCCCCUCUGUUUGAA